AUGCAGGUGCCGGAGUGGCUGCGGUCGGUGCUCGCUGGCGCACGGUUGACAGCCAUCCUUGGUGCAGCAGUAUAUGCGCAUGCAUGCGGCAAUGUCAUACAGGUCCUCUCCGCACUUGCUGUGGGAUCGGCCCUGGGGGCAAUUGGAUACCGGAAGGGCUCGCUGUCAGCCUCAGGUGCCUUGGCAGCCAUAUUUGUUGGAAGUACCACAUUGGGGCCAAGUUUGCGGGCGGGCAUGACUCUCCUGGCCUUCUACCUGUCAUCAUCAAAGCUUACAACACUGAAAGAAGGCUUGAAGGAGGUUGAUGAUGGCUUUAAGAAGGGAGGCCAACGCAAUUGGGUGCAGGUUUUCUGCAACGCCUUCGUUCCGGCUUUGCUGGCAGCGCUCAUGGGAUACUUGAGCGGCUUAACAGACCUGCCCCUCUCAGUGUCAGGAAGGCGCUUGUACACAGCGGCAGCAGGGGCGUUCCUGGGAUAUUAUUCAUGCUGUUGUGGCGACACUUGGGCCUCCGAGGUUGGCCAGCUGAGUGAAGCAGAGCCCCGUCUCAUCACAUCUCUUCGACCUGUGCGGAAGGGCACAAAUGGGGGAGUCACACUUCUGGGAGUUGCUGCAAGCGCCGCAGGAGGUCUUUUCAUGGGGUUGGUGUUCUACUGUGGCAGCAUCAUUUCUCCAGGCAUUCGAGGGAAUGAUGCAAUGUAUGCAGCUGCAGCACAGCAGUGGGUGCUCAUUCUUUUGGGUCUGGUGGCGGGAACUGUUGGCUCUGUGAUCGACUCCAUUCUUGGAGCCACGGUGCAAUUCACAGGGUUCAACCGAAAGACGGGAAAGAUCACCAGCAGUGUCGGCAGUGAUGUAGUCCACAUCAGCGGCUUCCCACUCCUCACAAACAAUGGAGUGAACCUGGUGUCCGCUACCACUUGCUCUCUGCUGUGCGCUUACGCAGCUCUUCGGCUAUUUUGA